AUGGGUACAAGAAAACGUACUUCUAAGAGAACCUCCACUCGUAUGAGGGAAGGUAUAAAAAAAAAGGCAGCCGCUCAAAGACGUAAGGAGAAAAAGAUUGCAAAGAAGGAUCCAACAUGGAAAUCAAGAGUCAAAAAAGAUCCAGGUAUCCCAGCCAAUUUUCCCUAUAAGUCUAGAAUUUUAGAGGAAAUUGAAGUAGCGAAGUUGAAAGCUCAGGAGCAAAAGGAGCUGGCUAAACAGCAAAGGUUAGAAGCUAAACAAAGACUUUUGGAACAGGGUGAUGGUAUCACGGACGAUGGUGGUGAAAUUAGUGAGGAAGAUGAUGCUAAUGGGUUAGCUGCAUUGGUUGAGUCAGCUCAACAAGCGGCAAAAGAAUAUGACAAUGAGGGAGACGAUGACAUUGCCAACGAAGACCUGGAUAUUGUUAACUACGAAAUCGAUUUUUAUAAUCAUGAUGAUUCUACUGAGCAGGGUGAGUCGGAAUUAGAUAAAUCGAGAAAAGCUUAUGAUAAGAUUUUUAAGACUGUUGUCGAUGCUUCUGAUGUUAUCUUGUACGUUUUAGAUGCAAGGGAUCCGGAAGGGACUCGUUCAAGAAAAAUUGAACAAGCUGUUCUACAAAGUCAAGGCAAAAGGUUGAUUUUAAUUUUGAACAAAGUUGAUUUGAUUCCACCAUAUGUUUUAGAGCAAUGGUUGAACGUUUUAAAAUCCAGCUUCCCAACAAUUCCCUUGAGAUCUGCGCCAGGUGCAACUACAAGCACGUCCUUCAAUAAGAAAUUGACACAAACCGUUACUGCUAAUGCUCUGCUUGAAGCCUUAAAGACCUACUCUACAAAUAGCAACUUGAAGAGAUCUAUCGUGGUUGGUGUUAUUGGUUAUCCAAAUGUGGGAAAAUCUUCCGUGAUCAAUGCUCUGUUAUCUCGUCGUGGUGGUACCUCUAAAGCAUGUCCUGUAGGAAAUCAAGCAGGUGUCACGACAACUAUGAGAGAGGUCAAAGUGGAUAAUAAAUUGAAAAUCUUGGAUUCUCCCGGUAUUUGCUUCCCCAGUGAAAGCAAGAAAAUGCCAAAAGUUGAAAAGGAGGCUGAACUAGCUUUAUUGAGUGCUUUACCACCAAAAUACAUUAUUGAUCCUUAUCCUUCCAUAUUGAUGCUCGUAAAAAGAUUAUCCAAAUCUGAAGAAAUGACAAAUAGUUUCAAAAAACUAUAUGAUUUACCCGCAAUUCCUGCAAAUGAUGCUGAUACGUUCACUAAACACUUUUUAAUUCAUGUUGCACGUAAAAGGGGAAGAUUGAGUAAGGGUGGUAUUCCAAAUUUAGCAAGUGCAGGUAUAUCUGUUUUAAAUGAUUGGAGAGAUGGUAAAAUUUUGGGCUGGGUAUUGCCCAAGGCCUCAAAAGUACUUUCUGAUUCUCAACCUUCAGGCAGUGCAAUAGGUAAUGGUGUUUCAUCGGCACCUAAAAAGGUAGAAGACACAUCAAUCGUAACAGAAUGGUCUAAGGAAUUCGAUCUAGAUGGAUUGUUUUCCAGUCUUGACGAUGCCAUCAGUGCCGAAAAGGAACAAGACAUUGUCGAUCACAAUUAG